AUGGGGCCUGCCAUGCCGGGAGCUAGUGCCGAGGUGGAGGCUCCUGCGGCCCCCGGCGGAGGGGCGGGCAGCCCAGGGCCCGAGGAGCCGGCCCGGGCCGGGAGCCAAGCCCAAGUCCGAGACCUGCUUUUGCAACUUCAAGACCUUCAGGCUGAGCGCUCCGAGGCCUUCGGACUCCUGGACCAGGGUCACCGGGCCUACUUGAGCAGCGGGCCGCACUAUGACUUCCCCCGCUACCGGCAGCUGGUGCACGAGGUGACCGAGGCCUUUGCCAGCAUCUCCCGAGAAGUGCUGGCCAUCCAGGAGCUGCUCCGGGACAGCCACGGGCGGCCGGACCUUGCCCAGCACGUGGCCCGCCUGCAAGACCAGGAGCAGCAGCGACUGGAGCUGACAGCCGCUCUACAGCUGGCCCGGCAGAAGGCCCAAGAGGAGCCCGGGGCCGUGGCCCCCAGGGAGGAGGUUCAGGAGCUGCGCCAGAGGAUAAUUAAAACCAUGGAGGUAAUCAGUGAGAUUGUCCAGGACCUGAAGUAUGAUUCGGAAGAGGCUGAGUGAUGUUUGGCCCCGAGGGAGAUGGGAAACGCUAGGAGGAGAGGCGCCCGCCCGCCCACCGCCCCUCAGCCUCCUCUGGGGUCACUGGGCUCCGGGCUGGGGGAUGGGAGGCCUGUGCAGGGCCCUCACCCCCUCCGGAUGCCAUCCUCCCCCGGGGGAGCCCCCGGACCGCACCCUGCGGGGGGAGGCCACCAUCCCUUUGUGACCCUUUGGGCAGCGUCCCCGCGUGUGCCACAAUAAAGCGCUCUGUCUCCCCUC